AUGGGGGCCGGUGGUCUUAUUCGGGAUGAUCAAGGGAAAUUAAAAAUGGCGGAACUUUUAGCCCUUUAUUAUGGCUUGCAGCACUGUCUGGAGUUGGGAUUACAACAAAUAGAAGUGGAGCUUGAUUCUCUCUUAAUUGUUAAUUGGUUAGAGAAUAAGCGCUGUGGUAUUUGGUACCUGGAAGAUUUUUGGGAGGAAAUAAUACAGAUGCUUUCAAGCUUGAGGCAUAAGGUUAGGCAUGUAUAUCAUGAGUGUAACGUAGGGCCAGACUUCUUAGAGAGGUUGGCUUCCGAGCAUGAUUCUGGGACGUGGAUGGUUCUCAGCAUUAUUCCUCAUCGACUAAAAGGGAUUUUAAAGGUUGACAAGUUGGGGCUUCCUGCUUUGCAUCGCUAG